UUCAUAAUCCUUCUCUUUCUCUCUCUCUCUCUCUCUCCAUACCUUCUUCUCUUCUUCUUUUCUCACUAUAUCUCUCUAAAGAUGGAUAAGAAAGCAUGCAAAUCUAUAGAUGUUGAAGUGAGGAAAGGGCCAUGGACUAUGGAAGAGGAUCUCAUUCUCAUGAACUACAUUGCGAAUCAUGGCGAAGGCGUUUGGAACUCUUUAGCUCGAUCCGCAGGGCUCAAGCGGACUGGAAAAAGCUGUCGUCUGCGGUGGCUUAACUACCUCAGGCCGGAUGUUCGACGUGGAAACAUAACGCCGGAGGAGCAGCUUCUGAUUAUGGAGCUGCAUGCUAAGUGGGGAAAUAGGUGGUCAAAGAUUGCAAAGCAUUUACCCGGAAGAACGGACAACGAGAUAAAGAAUUAUUGGAGGACUCGAAUUCAGAAGCAUAUCAAGCACGCGGAGAACUCCAACGAUCAAGCUAGCACUAGCCAUGUCUCGAGCUCAUGCCCUCCGGACCAUACAGUUGAAUCCUACUCGCCACCUUCUUUUAAUGGCAAUAAUGUGGAACCACCACAGGGUCAUUUUCCGACCGAACAAAACGAAAACCUCUGGAGUGUGGACGAUCUGUGGUCUUUGCAGUUACUCAACGGAUACUGAGUCAGACCUCGUUGACUCAAUGGACUAUCACCUCCGUAUAUAAAGUAGUUAAAUUUCCUCCCUAGUACUACUUCCUUCUUCCAUUUUAUAUAGUUCUUGAAUUAAGGGGCGACGUGUAAUAUGAUGUGAUGAAAUAUGAAGUUAGGUGCAUUUAUAAUAAUACUAUAUAAAUAUAAUAUACUAAAGGAUGAGGAAAUAUUGUACAUUAAAGUAUGAUGAGCUUUGGUGAGUAAAGGGUUUUCCUUUUCUUUUUUA